CGCUUACUUCAUAAUUGAACGUUAAAUUUCAAAAUGGACCAAUCAUAAGUAAGAAGUCUUCAAUACCGUCAGCCAUCUUGCUCUUGGAAUCAUCAUUUCUAUUUGUGGAAAAUUGGAGAAAGGUUGGGUGUUGUAGUUUCGCCUGAAUUUAUCGUCAAAAUUAAAUUUUCUAGUGAAAUUAAAGAAAAUUUCGAGUUUUUUACGCGAACUUAUCACGUUGGAACGGCCGGAGCCAAGAAAACCGUGUUGCAAGGCCAAAGAGCCGUUGCUUAUUAAUAGAACAAGGCCGCCGUUUUGCCGCCUGUUUUUCUUGCAAAUGUGAUUUUUUUGCAGGAAAUUCAGCAUACAAUUCUGAUUUUUCGCUUGUGAGGAUACGUGGGAAAGAUGAAUAACAUUGACAUAGAUUCACUCUCAGAUGCGGAACUCCGCACCAAACUUAUAGAAUAUGGAUUUCCUAUUAUGCCAAUUACAGCAACCACCAGACAGGUGAUGAAAAAGAAACUGUCUCUGCUUAUAGAAAACAAAAAUAGAGUUGGAUCAACUGAUGGCAGAAGAUCCUUGGGAAGAUAUUCCAGUGAAGAAGAAACUGAUGAUGAAGUCAAGGCAAUUAAAAUCCAGAAAAAUCGCCGAGUCACUAUGGCGGCUCCAACUUCUAGCACCACAAUCAAACCAGUCGGCAAAUUUAUUUCCAAUCCAGAAGUUGGUACUAGCAGCCCAAAUAUAGAAUCUCGCCGGAGCGUAACCACUAACAAAAGCUCUACAAGAACAUCAAGAAUUUUAAAAAACGCUCGAGAUGCCUUUGACACUGGCUCAGAAUCAGAGUCUGAUGUUAUUGCAUCAGAACUCUCUGAGCCUAUGGAUAUUUCUCUCAAAUACGAAGAUACAUACAAUGACCUGCCCAAUACUAGAAGAAGCACACCUAUAAGAAGUAGUUUGUAUUCUCCGAUAAAAUCUAGUGACCAUAGCUUUGCAGCCACAAAAAAUGUGUCGUUCGCAAGUCCAUCUUCAAGAUAUUCCACAAGCUACACUGAAUCUUCUUCUGCUUUGCCAGGAUCGUUGGCUUCUAAUUAUGCUGCUGAAGCUCUCAGUUCAAUCAGAACCAGAACUCCAACUGCUUGCUACACCACUGUGUCUCCAGCCAGUACAAGGUCCAGUAUUGACCUAAACCCCAACGACACUCCAUUCCUAAGCAAUUUUACUAAGAGGCUAUCUGUGUUGAGCAGCAACAAAAAGACGGAUUAUGACAGUCAAAAUGAUUUGGUUAAAGAGCAUGAUACUAAUGGAUCAACUAUGUUUGGAGCAAGAUCUUAUUUGGCAAAUUUUAGAGCCACUAGAGGUCGCGACCCAAUCUACAACUAUAAAUCCAGAGGCAAUGACAGUGGAAAGGGCAGUUUCGUGUCGUAUGCGGUACUCGUUGUGGCAGCCCUGUUUUUUAUCAUUCUUGCCAUUGUGUACCUUGGAAUGAGAUCUGACACUUCCAUGAUCACUUCUGGUUACAUAUCCCCGAUCUGCAACUUCCACGACCCCCAAAACAAAAAAGGUAUCAACUGUAUAAAUGAAGAUCAAGUCCAAAAUGCCAUCAACUUACUAAACAGCAUCAGACCAGAGUUACACAAAAAAGCUGUGGCUCAUCGUUGCGUUGACCCGACAAUCAAACCACAAAUGUCGGAAGCUGAGAUUGUGAGUUUUUGCCAAUCGAAUUACGGUAUAAAAGAUGCUGUGAUGAUCAGGAACGAUUUAAAAAAUUUGGAAGUUUUGCUAUUUUCUAAUCCGGGGUGGGGAGUGCGUUUGGCACAAACAGAAAAUAAUGACGUGGCUGUGACUGAGGAUAACUUAGCGAAAAAUAUGGAAACAGCAAUUUUUAACUUGGACAAGAAAGUGACGAGCUUAGUGUUCCUCAAUCCCGACGUACCUUACAGCUGCCAAGUGUACAACUACGUCACAAAGGCCCUUUACACUAUUUUACUUAUUGCGGGGAUCUUUGGUAUUUUGUUUCUUUUGCGAUACAGCUUUAAGAAAUUCAGGACCUACGAGAAAAAACAAAAAGACGAGGUGAAUUCUAUAGUUGAUAAAAUUCUCGACCUUCUCCAGAACGCUGCACAAGAGGAACCAGGUUAUGUGGUUAUCAAUCACGCAAGAGACGCCAUUUUAGACAUUAAAGAUAGACAAGCUAAGAGAAAAUUUUGGGAAAAGGCUGUACAGUCUAUCAUAGAAAACGAGUCCAGAGUGCGUCUUGAGGUCCAAACUGUGCAGGGAGAGUCGUUCGAGGUUUGGAGGUGGAUUGGAAGUGCUAAUUUAAGUAUGACUGGGGAAGAGAUCGGAACCAAAUACCGUCCAGGUCGUCGUAUUGUAGACGUAGAUUACUUUACCAAUAAAGCCUUUAAAUUUCCUCACAAAAACUGUAAAACUCCAGAGGUUUACAUAAAAUGCGAAAUAAGGGAAGGAUGUUUUUCUACUUACAUUUUAGAAUGUAAACAAUGCCUUGAACAACAUACGGUUCACAGUGAAGAUCCCGAAUCUGAUUUAUUAGAUGUUAAUUUGGCUUUUGUUGGAGGAAUGUCUAAAAUUGCUUCAAAUUCAGGACUGUACCAGAUGAAUGAGUUAUGCAGUUUCAUGCAUAUUCCUACGAUUUCGGGCGAGAAUUUUGAAAAUUCAUGGAAAAAAAUUAAAGAAUAUCCAGAAACUAAGACUGCUGUGACCCCAAAAGUUAUUGAGAAAGCUGAAACAACAAUAUUACCAUUAGAUUAUGAUGAAAAAAUGAAAACAUUCUUGCAAGAGUUAGAGAAAGACAUAGGAGUAGUAGAAGUUCUCACACAAGACCAAAGAAAUGCUGAAUUAUGGUUCCAGGAACGUAAAAAACGUUUAACUGCCUCAAAUUUUGGCAGAAUCAUUAAGUUACGUGAUACGACAAACAGGGAAAAGGUCGUCAACAAUUUAUUGUUUUCUACAUUUAAAGGCAACUUUGCCACAAAAUAUGGCCAAGAUAACGAGCCUAAUGCCAUAAAGGAUUUUGAACAAAUGACUGGCAAAAUUGUUAAGAAAAGUGGUUUGAUAAUACACAAAGAUCAUCCCUUCUUAGCGGCCUCUCCAGAUGGGUUAAUUGUAAAAGAAAACGCAUUAGUCGAAGUCAAAUGCCCUUACAAGGCGCAAAACUCUACUAUAGAGGAAGCAGUUAAUAAAGGAGAAAUUACCUAUGUCACCUAUGAAGAUGGUAAGCUAACGCUGAAAAGGCAACAUGAGUAUUACUAUCAAGUGCAAGGGCAAUUGCAUGUCACUGGCAAGACUCACUGCUACUUCGUAGUGUGGACACCCAAAGGGUUGGCAUUUGAAAUGAUCCAGAGCGACGAUGAUUGUUGGGACAGAAUGUUUGACAAGUUGGAGAAGUUUUAUUUUGAUCAUAUGCUCCCAGAGAUUUUACGUAAUGUUUAAGAUUUGGCGAUUUUUUCUUUCGCCCUAAUCCGUCGUUUUCAAUCCAAAUUUGUUUUGUUUUUUAGGAAAAAGUUUUUAUUGAUUUGCUUCUUUCGAAAUAAUGAAUGCAAUAAUUUAUGUUUAUUUUCUUUUUCUCAAAUGUUAUAUUAUUUUCAUAUUUAUAGGUAUAAGUUUGUUUUGUUUUUGUAUUGUACAAGGGAUAUGUUAAUUUGGUUAUUGUAAUUAACUUUAACUUUAGACUUUAGGGAAUAUACAUAUUAGUAAUUUAUGUACUAAAUUAUUUGUAUGCUUUUUUAUGUCUUGAAAUUAGUUGGCAUUUUUAAAGUUACUUGACCCAAAGAAUUUAUACUUAUUUUAUUUUCGUUAGAAUGAUACGUUUUUUUUUUAUAUUACUUCAGAAGAAAUUAUUAUGUUAAUGGCCGAGUAUGUUUUAGGCCGGAGUUACCCAAUUCCCUAAUUCUUAAUAUCUUAAUUCUUAAAAAGUUCAAUAUAUUUAACAUUGGGGUUUUUAUAGAUUAAGAAUUAAGAACAAAAAUUAACUAUUAAGGAAUUAGAUAACCCCGGCCUUAGUCGUCGGAUACUUCUAAUACGUGCAUGCGUUUUUACCCAUCUGGCUCCAAAGAAGUGUCUGAUCUUUUCAAUUGAGCUUUCAGGACAGCCGAAAAAACGAAAAUAUUAUUUCUUGAAGAUUCAAAUCUGUGCUUCUUCAUCACAAAUAUUAUUUUUUCAGCAUAGUGAGGUGAAUUUUUGAAAAUUGACCAAACAUCAUUUUUCAAGAAACUAAAACUUUUUAAAUUAUUAUUGGGUAUUUUCCUCACACACUCUCCAACUAGCAGACCUCUAGAAACUACGGGCUAACAGAUGGCUUCUAAACCUUUUGGAAAUUGGCAAACAGCUAGAUGACUUGAAGGUCUCUUAAUAAAAAAACCCGCCUGCUCUUCUCGGCGCCUCGAUUACUAAAACGAAUUCGGCCUAUAUUGUUUUUGCAUGGAACGAGUGAGACUGUAAUGUGAUUAACUCUCAAGUAUUAAAAAUUAUUUAUGUUACUAAAAUAUUUACCUAAUAAAACUAAAAACUAAAUUUUG